CGUAUGUUUUGAUUCGAUACUUUUUUUAAGGGAUUCCCGCUUUUUCCAGAAAUUUGACCAAUAAACGAAUGUGUUGUAAAAUCAGUUUAUUGCUUAUAGUGCCAUCUAUUGGCGGGUUUCCUUGAGCGCAAAAACAAAGAUGGCUGACGAACAGGAAAUGUUGCAGUUAGAAACCCUGUGUAAAGAACUUUAUGAGACAACAGAUGGAAAUAUCCGUUCAGAAGCAGAAAAGGCACUGGUUGCAUUUGCUAAUUCCCCCGACUGCCUUGCCAAGUGCCAGUUGUUGCUGGAAAGAGGAAGUUCUCCAUAUGCACAGCUUCUUGCAGCUACUACUUUGAUCAAGCUAGUCUCUCGUGCCAACAUCACAUUACCCCUUGAGCAAAGAGUUGAAAUCCGCAACUAUGUUUUGAAUUAUCUUGCCACUCGACCAAAGUUGAUGCAGUUUGUUUCACAAGCUUUAGUUCAGUUAUUUGCCCGCAUCACAAAGUUUGGCUGGUUUGAUGUGAGCAAAGAUGAGUGCAUCUUUCGAAAUGUUGUCACAGAUGUUGGGAAGUUUAUUCAGAGUGGCUCCACUCAGCAUGUAAUGAUUGGUGUACAGUUGUUGUCACAGCUGGUGUGUGAAAUGAAUCAGGUUAGCGAGUCUGAAGCCAGCAGGUCGCUCACAAAGCACAGAAAAAUUGCAUCAUCUUUUCGUGACACACAGCUGUUUGAGAUUUUCCAGCUAGCAUGUUCCCUGCUUCGGUCAGCUGCUGGAAAUUUAAAAGGUCUUGAUUUUUCUGAUAGCAGUCAGCAUGGUCUCCUGUCUCAUACACUUCGCCUUGCACAGAAUUGUCUCACCUUUGAUUUUAUUGGCACCUCUACAGACGAAUCCUCAGAUGACCUCUGUACUGUCCAGAUUCCUACCAGCUGGCGAACAGCAUUUCUUGAUGUUACCACACUAGAACUGUUCUUUGACCUGUACAAUGGGUUGCCUCCAUCUUUGUCACCUACUGCUUUGUCAUGUUUGGUGCAAAUGGCAUCUGUCAGAAGAUCAUUGUUUAACAAUGCUGAGCGUGCAAAGUUCCUCAACCAUUUAGUCAUUGGAGUGCGAUCCAUUUUAGAAAAUCCUCAGGGUCUGUCUGAUCCCAACAAUUAUCAUGAGUUUUGUCGACUCUUGGCUCGUUUAAAAUCCAACUACCAACUAGGAGAGCUGGUGAAGGUUGACAACUACGGCGAUGUCAUCAAGCUGAUUGCUGAAUUUACAGUUACCAGCUUGCAGAUGUGGCAAUUUGCUCCCAACAGUGUACACUACCUUUUAGGCCUGUGGCAACGAAUGGUAGCCUCUGUCCCAUAUGUCAAAGCAGCAGAACCUCAUAUGCUGGAAACCUACACUCCAGAGGUCACCAAGGCUUAUAUCACUUCACGACUGGGUUCUGUGCACUCAGUCAUUAGGGAAGGCACUGAAGAUCCUCUAGAUGACCAUGGAUUAAUCUCUCAACAGUUAGAACAGCUGUCUACAAUAGGUCGGUGUGAAUAUGAGAAAACGUGUGCACUAUUAGUCCAGCUUUUUGAUGAAUCAGCACAACGAUACCAAGAGAUGGUGGCAACAGGAUCACAAAGCAUGGAACUUGCAAUAGAGGAAGUGGGUGUUUUGACAGGGCGUUUGACCUGGCUUGUGUACAUCAUAGGAGCUGUGAUAGGUGGUCGUGUUUCAUUUGCAAGUACAGAUGAACACGAUGCCAUGGAUGGAGAGCUUGUCUGCAGGGUCCUGCGACUGAUGAACUUGACAGAUUCCAGACUAGCUCAGGGGGGCUCUGAGAAACUAGACCUGGCCAUUCUCAGCUUUUUUGAGCAGUUCCGAAAAAUAUAUGUAGGGGACCAAGUGCAGAAGACUUCAAAAGUGUAUAGAAGGCUCUCAGAAGUUUUGGGUCUUAGUGAUGAGUCUAUGGUGCUAAGUGUAUUCAUUGGUAAAAUCAUCACCAACCUAAAGUUCUGGGGCCGCAGUGAGCAGAUAAUCAGUAAAACAUUGCAGCUUUUGAGCGACUUGUCUGUUGGCUACAGCAGUGUCCGUAAGCUGGUUAAACUGGAUGCAGUUCAGUUCCUGCUAAACAGUCACACGAGUGAACACUUUCCCUUCCUGGGCAUCACUACCAACAACAGUCCCAUCUCAGACAUGCGAUGUCGCACUACAUUCUACACUUCUCUUGGUCGCCUUCUUUUGGUCGAUCUGGGAGAAGAUGAAGAAAAGUUUUAUCAGUUUAUGAUGCCUCUCACAGCUGCCUUCGAGAAUGUGGGAACACUUUUGAGUAAUGCAGAUUCUCAAAUGAAAGUGGAGGAAGCCAAGAGGUCACUAAUUGGAUUGGCCAGAGACUUGCGUGGCAUUACAUUUGCCUUCAACACAAAGACCAGCUAUAUGAUGCUGUUUGACUGGAUUUAUCCAGCCUACACCCCUGUCUUGCAGCGUGCUAUGGAACUGUGGUACCAUGACCCUGCUGUGACUACACCCAUUCUCAAACUAAUGGCAGAGUUGGCACAAAACAGGUCUCAGAGAUUACAGUUUGAUGUGUCUUCGCCCAAUGGAAUUCUUCUGUUUAGAGAAAUUAGCAAGAUGAUUGUAAAUUAUGGUUCCAGAUUAUUAACAAUAGGAGACAUUCCCAAGGAACAGAUCUACCCUAUGAAGCUAAAGGGCAUCUCAGUCUGUUUCUCCAUGCUGAAGGCAGCUCUCUGUGGCAACUACGUCAACUUUGGAGUCUUUCGCCUAUAUGGAGAUGAUGCUUUGGACAAUGUUCUGGGCAUGUUUGUGAAGCUGUUGCUGUCUAUACCACAGAGUGACCUGCUAGACUACCCGAAACUUAGUCAAAACUACUAUGGUCUACUGGAGUGUUUGGCUCAGGACCACAUGACAUUUGUUGCUAGCUUGGAACCUCAGGUCUUCCUCUACAUCCUGUCCACCAUCUCAGAGGGUCUAGUCGCACUGGAUACCAUGGUGUGCACAGGCUGCUGUGCCACUCUGGACAAUAUCAUCACCUAUUUAUUCCGGUGCCUGACCAGCAAGAAGAAGAAGAUGGGUCCACAGGCCAUGCACAACUCGGAAGCCUUUCUGCGUAACUUGGAAGUGCAUCCUGAGAUUUUACAACAGAUGUUGUCCACAGUCCUCAACAUCAUCAUGUUUGAGGAUUGCAGAAACCAGUGGUCUAUGUCACGCCCUCUGCUGGGGCUCAUUUUGCUCAAUGAAGAUUACUUUAAUAAGUUGAGAGAAAACAUUAUCUCCUCACAACCUUCAGAGAAACAAGAAACGAUGGCCCAGUGCUUCCAAAACCUCAUGGAUGGCAUUGAGCGAUCACUGCUGACCAAAAACAGGGACAGAUUCACACAAAAUCUUUCAGUAUUCCGGCGAGAUGUCAAUGACUCAUUAAAGAUGCCAAGUGGAAGUCCAUCAUCUUCAACAUCAUCUUUAGACAUGAUGAGCUACGGCUAAUCUUGAAGCUUCAUCCACCAGACUGCAUGUGCAUGAGAGAGAGAAAUAUAAAGAGAGUGGAGAGAGUGUAUGUGUGCAUGCAUGUUUGCAUCGUCAGUCACUGGAAGGACCUGCAACAGUGGGAUGCAUAGUCAGUGUUGUAUGUAUCAUGUGUGCCUGCUCUGUCUUUUUAGAGUGGACUUAAUGUGAUUAUUUCAGUUACAGUGACCUGGUCACCUAUCAUUGUCCUUCUGAAUGGAUUUCUUGGGAAAUUGGCAUAGCUGUGUUCGAUGGUGUACACAGAUGGGAAGUGUGCAUGCAUUGUGUUCAUGUUGAAUGAAUGUACUUAUGGGAGAGCAUCGUUGGGGAGGAAGGUACACAGCAAUGACAAUUUUCCCUGUAAUUUUGGCUUGUUAGAAAAAUGUUCAAUAAGAAAAGGUGGGUUUUUUGGUGUAAUGUGGAAUUUUUAUUCAUUUUUUUUUUUAUAGUUAGUUCAUUAAGAAAUACAUUUUUCAUUAAUAGCAAAUGUUUGUGCAUCUUUAGUGAAGUGGAUUUAAACAGAUGUACCCAGGUAGUUUUAUAAACACAGUUUGCAUAUAAAGACGACAGUCAGAGUGAAGGGAACCACUUGUUUCAUUUUGAAAUUUCCAGAGAAGAUAUGACUGUAUUUAAAGCAAAACUAAAGUCAUAUGGGCAUGUUUUGGCUUCAGAAGAUUUUUAUAAAGUGGCUAGUGGUUGGUUGUGUGUCUCCGUAUUUCAGCCUGGUAAAGAUUUGCAUACAUGCCCAUGUUGUGAUUAUGCAUUUACAUGUAUGUGUGCAUUCACCUGUUCAUGCAUUGUGAGUGUGUACAGCAGGGUGUCAUAAAUGCACUCACCUAUCUUCAUGCACGUUUGAAGAAAGAUGUUAAGUGCCCUGUUCCGUUUUUGGGCGGUCCGGUGGCGUAACGGUUAACACAUGUCACCACUACAGUGAGAGUUGGCUGUCCUGGGUUCAGCUCUUGUCUCGGGCACUUCGUUCUUUCUCUACAAAAGGCAUCUGUUUACAGGGCUGGCUGCCUUGCCGUGAUAUAACUUAGUUGCUGGCUCGGCAUAAAACACCAAUUUCCCCACACACACACCUAUUCCGUUUCUUUGCUGCUUAUAUCAUAAAGACAUCUAAAUUCUUACUUUUUUCCCUUGCAAUUAACUGCAUUUUUCUUUUCAAGAAUAAGAAUGCAUUUCAAAAGCAUAGACACACAUAAUGUGGUGUGCAUAUACAUGACAUACAACUUAUCAAAACUUUUUGGGAGAAUUACUGACAAAGAAGCUUACUGAACAGGCUCACAUGCGCAUAAACACUGAAAUUUAAAAACUGAUUCAGACUUUACUGUGCAGUCACUUACGAAGAAGUUAUUCAAUAUGAAGAUUAUACCACCAAAGUUGCAUACAAAGCUCGAAAUAGAACCUGGCCAAUUUUCUUAAACUUGUGGAGCCAUGGUGGUCAGGCAUCUUAAAAGAAGAUGAAUCUAAUUUGUUGAAAUACCAUCUUUUUGCUGAAGUAUCAUUCAUGAUCUUUUUCCUUGCAGAUUUUAAAUAGUACUAGGAGUCAUAAAAAAACAACAAAAAUCUUUAAUUCUUUUGUAUAUGUUUGUCUAAACUAUUUGCCUUAAAAUGAAUAGUUGUGUUAGGGUUAAUUUGCCAUUUUUAGGAGAGGAAUGCUUUAAGGGAGCAUAAACAACGAUUUAGUCAACAAAAGUACUAAGGUUAUGUAAAGUGAAGAUAACGAUUAUUAAGAACAUGCUGUUUUCAACGCCUAUAGUAAAAAAUUUAAGGAAUAUAAAUUGCAGCAUGUAUUUUUAAUUUUCUUUUUGAACCUUUUGCAAUUUUAAAAACUUGUAGUUCUCAACAUUGCAGAUGACAUCGGUCUACAAGUAUAGAUGUGUUAACGAGCAUUUUUUGAUUUGUGAAGUACUUCUAGGUAUCACUACAUUAGAUUUUUAAUUAAAGCCUGCUUUCUUCCAUGUCAGAUAAGUAAACUAGCAGUCUUGUAUUUGAGCCAUUGAUAAAACAUUUUCAGCUGUCUCAUUAGGAUUAGAAGUUCACAGGGUGUUUAUGUAAGGCCAAAUGAUCACUUUUGAGAUGACAGAAUCAUCUGAUAGGUUGUUAAAGGGAAUGGCAAUGAGGUUUUCCUUUAAUGCAACAAGGUUCAUGGUAGUUUUUGGCCUUUGGUUUCAUGUGUUCAAUGUUAGUCUGGAUUUUUUUGUGUGAAUGAUACACACAAACAAGUUCAGUAUUGUGAGACUGCUAGUCUGCUUUCAAGAAGUGAAAAAAGUGCAUGUGCCAAUCAGACUGACAGCUUGCACAUGUGACCUAGGUGUUUGAAUGAAUGCAGAGGCAGAGGGUUGUAAGCUCAUUUUCCUCUGAUGGCUGUUGAAUGCUGAAAAUGUUGAUGUGUGUAGUAAUAGCAAACUGGUCCAUUCUCAUACUUGUGUGGCAAGGGAAAAACUGUAUGGUGAUUUUGGUUUUGAAACUGCUUUGAUCUUGAAGGAAAAAGACAUAAAAGAUUUUAAAAAUGC